AUGAAUAAUCAAAAUAAUCGAUUUACAAAUGAAUAUCAAUCAAACCAAGAAGAUGAGCCUUCCUACGAACUGCAAAAUACCCACAGCGGGCAGUUUCACUCCUCGAAUGAAGAACUAAUAAACAGGAACCAAAGAUAUACAAAUCAAAAUACCAGCAUGGGUUCAUUCACCCCAGUCCAAUCUCUGCAAUUUCCGGAACAAUCUCAGAUAACUAAUAUUUCGUACAAUAACGUUGAUAACAAUGAUUAUAAUAAUAGUAACAGUAAUAAUAACAAUAAUGGCGAACAAGAUUUAUAUGGGGGUUUUGUUAACCAUUAUCGCCAACGUCCUCCACCAGUAACUGCAGAGUAUAAUGAUGUUUUUAAUGCUAAUAAUCAGCAACAAUCGUUACAACAAGACCAUAAUAACGUACCUUCAUAUCCACUUCCUUCAAUAAACGUGAUUCAAACCACUCCAGAGCUCAUACAUAACGGCUCACAGACGAUUUCAUCACCCGUAGAAAGGCCAUUUUUUAACGAUAACGAUUAUUACUAUAAUAACAGGAACUCUAGAACAUCUCCUAGUGUUGCUUCUAGUGAUGGUUAUAUAGAUCAGGAAGCUAGGCCCAUUUUAAAUCAACCUAGCGACAACAGGAACAGUGGUAAUAUGCCACAAUACCAUGAUCAAAACCUUGCAUAUAAUAAUGGUUACCAUGGUAUAGAGGUACAGGGUUACUAUCAUGAUCCAGAAGGCGGUUAUAUUGAUCAAAGAGGAGAUGAUUAUCAAAUUAACUCGUAUUUGGGUAGAAACGGUGAAAUGGUUGAUCCGUACGAUUAUGAAAAUAGUCUAAGUCAUAUGACUCCUAUGGAGCUUAAAGGGUAUCUGAAUGAUGAUAACAGACUUCCAAAUGAUGGAAAGGAAGAACUAGAUAGUAUGAGGAGCGGUUAUUCUCAUAGAGACUUGGGUGAAUAUGACAAUGAUGAUUUCUCAAGAGAUGAUGAGUAUGAUGAUCUAAACACCGUAGAUAAAUUGCAGUUUCAAGCUAAUGGUGUACCUGCAUCGUCUUCUGUAUCUUCAAUUGGAUCGAAAGAAUCCGAUGUGGUAACGAAUAAUAAUGACAACUUAACUGCGAAAAGAAGGCUAAAAAGAAGUGGUACUGAAAUUAGAAAAUUCAGACUAUGGAAUGGUAAUUUUGUCUUCGACUCUCCAAUCAGUAAAACGCUAUUAGACCAGUACGCCAAGACUACUGAAGGUUCCAGCGCUUUACCGAAUGAGUUUAAGUUUAUGAGAUAUCAAGCUGUGACUUGCGAACCUAAUCAACUUGCAGAAAAAAACUUCACCGUCAGACAAUUGAAAUACUUAACUCCGAGAGAAACCGAAUUGAUGCUAGUAGUCACGAUGUAUAAUGAAGAUCAUAUUUUGCUUGGAAGGACUUUGAAAGGUGUCAUGGACAACGUCAAAUAUAUGGUGAAAAAAAAAAAUUCAAGUACUUGGGGGCCGGACGCAUGGAAGAAAAUUGUUGUAUGCAUUAUUUCAGAUGGUCGAUCCAAAAUUAAUGAACGUUCUUUAGCAUUGCUAAGUUCAUUAGGUUGUUAUCAAGAUGGGUUUGCUAAAGAUGAAAUUAAUGAAAAAAAAGUUGCAAUGCAUGUCUACGAACAUACGACAAUGAUCAAUAUUACAGAUGUUUCGGAAUCUGGUGUGUCAUUGGAAUGCAAUCAUGGCACUGUUCCAAUACAGCUUUUAUUUUGUUUGAAAGAGCAAAAUCAGAAAAAAAUCAACUCACAUAGAUGGGCAUUUGAAGGCUUUGCAGAACUAUUACGUCCCAAUAUCGUCACUUUAUUAGACGCGGGUACCAUGCCAGGUAAGGAUUCUAUUUACGAACUAUGGAGAGAAUUCAGGAAUCCAAACGUUGGUGGCGCAUGUGGUGAAAUAAGAACUGAUUUAGGUAAGAGAUUUGUAAAGCUUUUGAACCCAUUAGUUGCAUCACAGAAUUUCGAAUAUAAAAUGUCCAAUAUAUUGGACAAAACUACCGAGUCUAACUUUGGAUUCAUUACCGUUUUGCCGGGAGCAUUCUCUGCCUAUAGGUUUGAAGCUGUUAGAGGUGAACCACUUCAGAAGUAUUUCUAUGGUGAAAUUAUGGAAAAUGAAGGUUUUCAUUUUUUCUCUUCCAAUAUGUAUCUUGCUGAGGAUCGAAUUUUAUGCUUUGAAGUUGUUACUAAGAAAAAUUGUAGUUGGAUUUUGAAAUACUGUAGAAGUUCGUAUGCUUCAACUGAUGUACCAGAAAGAGUCCCUGAGUUUAUUCUUCAAAGAAGACGUUGGUUGAAUGGUUCGUUUUUUGCCAGUGUUUACUCCUUUUGUCAUUUCUACAGAGUCUGGAGCAGUGGCCACAACAUUGGUAGAAAGCUUCUUUUGACAAUUGAGUUUGUUUACCUUUUCUUCAAUACAUUGAUAUCAUGGUUUUCCUUGAGUUCAUUCUUUUUGGUCUUUAGGAUUCUCACAGUUUCUAUCGCACUGGCAUAUCACUCAGCAUUUAAUGUGUUAUCAGUUAUAUUUCUGUGGCUUUAUGGGAUUUGUACCUUAUCAACAUUCAUAUUAUCACUGGGGAAUAAACCUAAAAGUACAGAAAAAUUUUAUGUUCUAACUUGUGUUGUUUUCGCGGUGAUGAUGAUUUACAUGAUAUUUUGCAGCGUAUUUAUGAGUGUCAAAUCUUUCCAGAAUAUUUUAAGAAACGAUACUAUUAGUUUUGAGGGUUUGAUCACGACGGAAGCCUUCAGGGAUAUUGUUAUAUCUUUGGGCUCUACCUACUGUCUCUACCUGAUUAGCUCAAUUAUCUAUUUACAACCAUGGCAUAUGUUGACAAGUUUUAUUCAAUACAUUUUGUUAAGUCCUUCUUAUAUCAAUGUUUUGAAUAUCUAUGCAUUUUGUAAUGUCCACGAUUUAUCAUGGGGUACAAAAGGUGCUAUGGCAGACCCAUUGGGAAAAAUUAGUACUACGGAAGACGGUACAUUCAAAAUGGAAGUUCUGGUUUCGAGCUCAGAGAUACAAGCAAACUACGAUAAAUAUACAAAAGUUUUGAACGAGUUCGAUUCAAAAUCAGAAUCACAGCCCAGUAAGCCAUCGUAUGAUGAAAAGAAAACUGGUUAUUAUGCAAACGUUAGAUCUCUUGUGAUUAUUUUCUGGGUUAUUACCAAUUUCAUUAUUGUUGCUGUUGUUUUAGAAACUGGUGGGAUUGCGGAUUACAUUGCUCUAAAAUCCAUAUCAACUGACGACACUUUAGAAACUGCAAAAAAUGCGGAAAUUCCCCUAAUGACAAGUAAGGCGUCAAUUUAUUUUAAUGUAAUAUUAUGGUUAGUUGCAUUAUCUGCAUUAAUAAGGUUCAUCGGUUGUUCAAUUUACAUGAUGGUAAGGUUUCUCAGGAAGGUUACGCGUCGUUAA